AGCCAUCAUUUCAUUUAGUCAUUGGGUUCGUAAGGAAUAUACAAAGAAAAUUUUCUUCAUAUUAGUUUCUUUUUUUUUUUGAAUUUUUAUAUUAUAAUAAAAGGAAAUUGAAGAUUCGACCAAGCAAAAAGUUGCAACAUUUGAAUUUUAGGGGUAAUAAGAAAUUGGAAGAUUCCGAGCUCUAGCCAAGCAUAUUCCAAAAUAAAAAAAACUAUUUUUAUAAUUUUUUUAGUUUUUCAUUUCUUGUGGAAGUAUAGUUUUUAAUUUAAAAAAAAAAUCAAAAAAACAUGGGUAAAGAGAAGAUUCAUAUUAAUAUUGUCGUUAUUGGACACGUCGAUUCCGGCAAAUCUACAACAACCGGCCAUUUAAUUUACAAAUGCGGUGGUAUUGAUAAACGUACAAUUGAAAAGUUUGAAAAGGAAGCUCAAGAAAUGGGCAAGGGCUCAUUUAAGUAUGCAUGGGUAUUAGAUAAAUUAAAGGCUGAACGUGAACGUGGUAUCACAAUUGAUAUCGCUUUAUGGAAAUUUGAGACUGCUAAGUACUAUGUUACUAUUAUUGAUGCGCCUGGCCAUAGAGAUUUCAUUAAAAACAUGAUUACUGGAACAUCUCAAGCUGAUUGUGCUGUAUUGAUUGUUGCCGCCGGUACAGGUGAAUUUGAAGCUGGCAUUUCUAAAAAUGGUCAAACACGCGAACAUGCAUUAUUGGCAUUCACAUUGGGUGUGAAACAAUUGAUUGUUGGAGUUAAUAAAAUGGAUUCAACUGAACCACCAUACAGUGAAGCACGUUAUGAAGAAAUCAAAAAAGAAGUUUCAUCAUACAUUAAAAAGAUUGGUUAUAAUCCAGCUUCCGUUGCAUUUGUACCAAUAUCUGGUUGGCAUGGUGAUAAUAUGUUGGAACCUUCUGAUAAAAUGCCAUGGUUCAAAGGAUGGAGUAUUGAGCGUAAGGAAGGUAAAAGUGAAGGUAAAACUUUAAUUGAUGGUCUUGAUGCAAUUUUACCACCAAGCCGCCCAACCGACAAACCAUUGCGUUUGCCCCUUCAAGAUGUCUACAAAAUUGGUGGAAUUGGUACAGUACCAGUAGGACGUGUUGAAACUGGUAUCUUGAAACCAGGUAUGGUCAUUUGUUUUGCUCCAGUUAAUUUGGUAACUGAAGUAAAAUCUGUUGAAAUGCAUCAUGAAGCGUUAUCCGAAGCUUUACCUGGUGAUAACGUUGGUUUCAACGUUAAAAAUGUAUCUGUGAAAGAAUUGAGACGUGGUUAUGUAGCUGGUGAUUCCAAAAAUAAUCCACCAAAGGGAGCUUCUGAUUUUACCGCUCAAGUUAUUGUCCUUAAUCAUCCUGGGCAAAUUGCAAAUGGUUAUACUCCAGUUUUGGAUUGUCAUACAGCUCAUAUUGCAUGCAAAUUUGCUGAAAUCAAAGAAAAGUGUGAUCGUCGUACCGGCAAAACAACUGAAACAGAACCAAAAUCCAUUAAGUCUGGUGAUGCUGCCAUUAUUAAUUUGGUACCAACCAAACCAUUAUGCGUUGAAAGUUUCCAAGAAUUUCCGCCUUUGGGACGUUUUGCUGUUCGUGAUAUGAGACAAACUGUAGCUGUCGGUGUUAUAAAAUCUGUGAACUUCAAAGAGGCGACAUCAGGUAAAGUUACAAAAGCCGCCGAAAAAGCCCAAAAGAAAAAAUAACUAGAGUGCCGUCAGAAUUUCACAAACAACAAAACAUUAAUAAUAUUCAAUAUAACACAAAAUAUAUUUAAAAGUAAUAAUAAUAAUUUACUAUUUAUGGACGUCAACAUAAUAAAAAAAAAAUUUAAUAUAAAUGUUGUCUUCGUCGUCGUCGUGGUCAUCAUUAUUAAAAAUUUAAUAAAAAUCUCUUUGAAAAAUAUUAAUACUUCACAAAUAUGCAGUAAAAUUAAUAUUGAUAAUAACAAUAAAAAUAAAGAUAAUAAUAAUAAAACAAAUAACGUUGAAAUAAAUAAUUAUCACACUGAAAUGAUUAACUACAAAGAUAUUAAAAUGAAUAUGAUGAAUACAAUAUCAAUUAAAAAUAAAAUAAAAAAUAAGUAUGCUGAUUUUAUUGGUAUAAAAAGAAAAAUAAUCAUGACAAAACCAUCGUCAUCGUCUUUAACAACAUUUAAAUAUUUUAAAAGAUUUGAAUACUCUUUUAAGAGCAUCAAAACGUUUCUUUAUCAUUUACGACAUCGCAAAGCUUUUCGAAGGAAAUCAAUAAUUAUUAAUUAUUUAUUACAUAAUAACUUUAAUUUAAAAACAUCUUUUCAUCCCAUCACUGAUGAUAAAAUCAAAAGAAUUUUCAAAAUUUUAACAUUUUCUAUUUCAAAAGAGCCUAAAAUUAACAUUAAACAACAACGAUCGGUUAAUAAUGGAUAUUCUAAUGUAUAUAAAUUUAUAAACAAAAAUCAAUUUGAUAUUUUAAAUAUAAAUGCUUAUUAUAAUAAAAAUAAUGAUCAAAUUGAUAUUUUCCAACAAUUCCUAAAUGUAAUGAAUUAUAUAAUUUUAAAUUUGUUUUUUACGAUACAAAUUUUGAUCGUUUUCUCAAAUUUUCUGGCGAUUCCAAAACAUUUUCGCCUUGUUAUAUACAAAAACUUCGUAAUGUCGCCGCUGUCGCAAGAAUCUUUCUUGUUGCAGCAAUUUUAUAUGAACAAUCAUAUAAUGUCAUCAUGAUGGGAGAAUCUAUAAAUUUUUUUAUUGAUACAUACUUUAAAUAUUUUUAGUUUUAUUUUUUAUCUUUAAUUUAGCUCAUAAGUUUUGAACACAAUAUAAAUACUUAUAAUAUUAAAAUGCGAAAAAUAUUUGAAAACAAAGAUUAAGUAAAAGAACGCAGCACACUCAUGAAAAAAAGACAAGAAAAUAUUUUUUGCAUCUUGUUUCCUUAAAUUAUACUUCAAUUAAAAAUUACAAAAUAUUAUUACAAGCCUUGUUUUCUUUUAUUUUGUCUUUUUUUAUAGUCUAAAGCAAAAUAUGCUUCUUUAGUUAAUAAACAAUUGAUUUUCCUUUUAUAAUUUAAAAAUAUAUAAAAAUUAUUUAAUAAUCGAGAAAUUAUGAUGUCAGUUAAAAUUAAAUACAUAAUAUGUUGACAAAAGAAAAAAAAAAUACAUAAGAGAAAAUUUUAUGAAUGUAAUGCGCAGUAAUAAAAUAGUGUAUUAUCUUUACCAAUAAAUGAGGCUUAUAAAGGAUAUACAA